AUGAUUUUUCAACCUUUUAUACUGGAUAAUCUAGUAUACUUAUGCAUGAAGAUAAUGAAUUCGGUCGUUGUGGUCGGAUUCUAUUAUGGAUUUCUGAGCACAUUCUCCAUAGGGCCCUCUUAUCUCUUCCUUCUUCGAGCUCGGAUUAUGCAAGAAGGGACCGAGAAGAAACUAUCAACAACAGCUGGGUUUAUUACGGGACAGCUCAUCAUGUUCAUAUCGAUCUAUUAUGCGCCUUUGCAUCUAGCAUUGGGUAGACCUCAUAUAAUAACUGUCAUACCUCUACCCUAUCUUUUAUUUCAUUUCUUCGGCAAUAAUAAAAAAAACUUUUUGAAUUAUGGGGACAAGAAAAAGAAUUCAAUACGUAAAUUUAGCAUUCAAAGAAUAUUCUUUACUAAUCUUAUUUUUCAGUUAUUUAACCCCCUUGUCUUACCAAGUUCCAUAUUAGUCAGAUUAGUAAACAUCUAUAUGUUUAGAUGCAACAAAAAAUUGUUGUUUUUAACAAGUGGUUUUGAAGGUUGGUUAAUUGGUCACAUUUUUUUCAUAAAAUGGAUUGAAUUUGUCUGGAUACAACAAAAUAAUGUUAUUAAAUCUAAUGAACGCAUUCGCUCUAAGAAGUCCAUUUUAUCAGAAUUUCGAACUUCUAUGGCUCAACUCUUUAGUGUUUUUUUAUUUGUUACGUGUUUAUACUAUUUAGACCGAACACCCUUGCCCUUUGUUUUUAAAAAGAAACGUUCAAAAAGUAAAGAAAGCGGUGAAAUUGAAAAACACAAAUUUGAUGUUGAAAGAAUUUCAAAAACGACAAGAACUGAGCAAAAAAAAAAGAUAUCUUCGGAAACCGAUACUUCUUCUUAUCUUUUUGCAAAGAAGGGUAAGAAUUCAAAGAAAAUCAACGAAACCGCAGAUAAAAAGAUAUUGGUAUCGAAGAAAUCCCUUGUAACGAUUUUUUUCGAUUUUAGACGAUGGAAGCGGCCGUUACGAUAUAUAAUGUUUCGAAAUUUUAUUAUUGGAAUAAUCGAAAAUAGUAAUAUAAAGAAGAUAUCAUUAUUCAUUAAAUAA